AUGAAUAAUCUUAAUAAUAAUUUUCCCCAACAUAAAUAUCAACAACAAAAACAACAACAAUUAAAUAAUAGACAACUUCAACAAUCCUCAAACUCUUCCCGUAUAGAAAAUAGUUUAUCAAUUUGGAUAUUAGAAGCUAAAGGAAUCCCUCCAAAACGAAAAUUUUUUUGUGAAAUUUCUUUGGAUAAUAUAAUUAAAGCAAAAACAUCAUCAAAAAGUUUAUCGGAAGGAAUUUGUUUUUGGGGAGAAAAUUUUGAUUUUCAAAAACUUCCUUUUAAUAGUCAACAAUUAUGUAUAGAUUUAAUGAGGGAACCAGAAAUGUUAAUUAAUAAUGGAGGAAAGAAGAGAAGAGGUGGUGGAGGUAAUGGAAAAUCUUCACAUGAAGAAUUACAUUGUUUAGUUGGUCUAGUUAGAAUUCCAUUAUCUCAACUUGUUGGUAAACAACCUAUUGAAAAAUGGUAUUUAAUAUCGUCUGGAGAACCUUCACAAACAUCUUCAUCAUCUACAGAUUCCCAACCUUCUUUACGUUUGAAAGCAAGAUAUCAAUCUGUCCAAAUAUUACCUUUAAAUGCUUAUUUGCCUUUUAGAAAGUCUCUCCACACAUAUUUUCUUCCAUUAUGUACAGCAUUUGAACCUAUUUUGGGUGUUAAAGCAAAGGAAGACUUUGCCAAUUCUUUAGUAAAAAUACUUCAUAUAGAGAGGAAUGCACCUGAAGCUUUGGCUGAAUUGGUAAUGGCUGAAGUUUUGACACAAGAAAAUGAUCAUCUUUUGUUUAGAGGAAAUUCACUUGCAACUAAAGCUGUUGAAGCAUAUAUGAAACUUGUGGCAACCGAUUAUUUACAGAUGGCUCUAGGCGACUUUAUUAGACAACUACUUAGCAGCGAUUUAAGUUGUGAGGUUGACCCUCUUCGUUUAUGUAAUGGAAAUGCUUCUUCUUCCGGUUCAUCUUCAUCAGGUUCUGGUAGCAGCAUUUCUUCCCAAUUAGAAAAAAGUAGACAACAAUUAACUAGACAAGUUGAAACUGCUUGGAGAAGAAUUCUUGCAUGUCAACAUUUAUUCCCCUAUCCUUUAAGACUUUUAUUUUCUGGACUUAGACAUCGUUUAGAACAAGCUGGACGAGCUGAAUUGACAGACAAUUUACUUUCCUCUUCCAUUUUUCUUCGAUUUCUCUGUCCAGCAAUUCUAUCACCUUCCCUCUUUGGAUUAGUAAAUGAAUAUCCAACUGGACAAGCAGCAAGAAAUUUAACAUUAAUAGCCAAAUCAUUACAAACUCUAGCUAAUUUCACUCGAUUUGGCGGGAAGGAGGGUUAUAUGGAAUUUAUGAAUAAUUUUGUUGAAAGGGAAUGGAGAAAUAUGCAACACUUUUUACGCCAAAUAUCAGCACCAUGUGCCCGUUAUUGCCAAGCAUGUGAAGCUCAUGAUAGUAUGGUUGAUUGUACUAUAGACCUGGGAAAGGAAUUGAGUUUACUAGCUAGCUAUAUGAGAGAACAUUGUGAUCAAUUGAUGGAACAACGAAAAGAAAAUUUGAAUUUAAAUAAAAAUAGUAAUACAACAACAACAUUAAUAGCAAUAAAACAAUUGUGGAAUUCAUUAAUGACAAUAAGUAAUUGGGGAAAUAAUUGUUGUGAUAAAGAGGAAGAGGAGGAGGAGGGUAAUGAAGAAGGAAAAAAAUUUUUUAAGGAGGAAAAUGAAGGAGGAAUAACAUCAACUAUAGAAGGAGGACAUAGCCCUGGAAAUCCUCCUUCUGAUUAUGAAAAUAAUAAUACAGUUAUAACUACUACAACAGCAAAGGUCCCGGAGAGUUUGUGGAGACAACCACCGCCUAUUCCAAUGGCUAGAAGGACAGUUAUGAUACCUCAACCUAUUGAAAUCCCUUCUGAAAAUAAAUAUAAUAGAGGCAAUUUAUAUGGUGGAGGAGGUGAAGGAUGUCAACCUAUUAGUGCUCCUCCUGUUCCGAAUUCGCCAUUUUCGGAACAAAAAAGCCGUUUUUCAUUUUCCCCAAACAAUAAUAAUUCUUAUGUUUCAACAGCAGCAGUUCACCAUUUAAAUACUUCAGACGAUUAUGUUUUAAGUUCAGCAUUAUCAAAACUUAGAACAACAACAACAAAACCAUUAAAUCCUCCAACAAAACAACAAUAUUGGAAUUCAAAUAAUUCAAGUUGUAUACAUUUAUAUGAUGAAACUAAUUGUAAUAAAAGAGGGGUAGUAGUAGAUAAUUUACAACAACAACAUUUAUAUGAUGAAGUUCCAACAGAUAAUAAUUUGACAAUCUUACCUCCUCCAUCUGCUAGUAGAGCUUUAAAUGCUGGUGUAGUUAUUGCACAUAGAGGUGUUGCUAGCCAUGAAGCAACUCAACGUAGAGGAGAAUUGUGUACUCCACGUGUAAUUCAAAGGAACGCUUUUAGGGCAAUGGAUGAUGAAGCUGAUGAUGAAAGUGAAUCUGAAGAAGAUGGAAGAGUACAAGAAAUUGUGGAGGAAAAUGAAGAGUUUAAUCAAAGACGUCCACCUCCAAAUAGAAGGCGCCGUCCACCUUCAGCCAAUGGAUAUACUAAUUCUUCAAUAAUUUCGCAUGUUAGAAAUUGUUCUAGUGGAGAACAACAACAACAACAUUAUGGAAUUUUUAAUGAAUCAAUUAAUAAUUUUGAUUCGUCUUCAGCUUCUGUUGGAAGUAAUAAUCGAAAAAAGAUUGGGGGUAUUAAUCAAAUGAUAAUACCUCCAUCAUCUGGAUAUCAAAGUCAAUUAAAUAGUAGUAGUUAUUCAAACUCUUCAUCCCCUACAAAUACAACAGAAAGUUCUCCACCUCCACCCUCCCAACAACAAACAACAUCAAUAAUUAACAAUUUAAUUCAAUCACCAAAAAUUCUUUUAAAAAAUCCUCCAAAAAUUUCAAAAAAUGUUUUUUCUUCAAAUAUAAUAUCUUCUAAUAAUUCUUGCCAAAGUUCUUCAUCCUCUUCUGCAUCAUCUGCUUAUUCUUCUCUUUCACCAACAAAUCAACAGAAACAACAACAACAAAACUUGUUUAAUAAUAAAUUAAGAAAAAGUGCAGAAAAUGCAGCAAUGCAUUUGUUGGAAGAAUUAAAUGCUGGCAAAUCAGAACAACAAACCAGAACAGAAUUACAACAACAACAACAACAUUUACCUAAACCCAGGCAAGUUUUUAUUUCAAUUAAAAUUAAUGUUUAG